AUGGUAGGAGGAGGGCAAGCGCUGGAGAGAGGAGGCCCGACACGAGGCACGCGCGUGGUGGAGGCGGGCGACGGUGGCGGCAGCGAGGAGAAGGUCGUGGCAAAGGGAGGCAAGGGUGAGGUGCGGGGCGGAGCAAAGGGGACGCGGCUCCACGACGAGGCGGCGGCGGGGAUGCUCGGCGGCUGGAGGAAGGCAGAAGCAGCGGCGCUCGACGGAGGAGGGAGGCAAAGCAGCUCGGGGCAGCGGUGUGCACGGAGCGGUGACGGUCGCCGGAGGCGAGGAUGCGGGGUCGAGGCAGAGGCGACCGGCGGGGCAGGAGCAGAGCAGCAACCCGGCGGGAUUUGCGCCUCGAUGAAGACCAGCUGCAGCGAGCGGCUCCAGGAGAGGGCGUAUGGGGAGGAGCUCCGGUGCGGUUCCCGUUCGACUUGGUCGCCGGUCGGCACCGCGUGGAGGAGCAGGGGGAGUGGCGGUCAGGGACGGGGUAAGGGCGCGGGGAGCUCCUCUCCCUGGCGAUGA